AUGGAGAAGAACCUUUUUGUCAUCCAGCUUCCUGCUAAUGGAAGUAUAUAUCACAAAGGUUUUCUAGAUCCGGGGGUCAGAAGCGUAGAUAUCCCACAAACCAACUUAAGCAUGCCAAGGUUUUGUGUUGGUCCUUCGACCGAAUAUCUAUGGUGGUACCAACAACGAGACGAACUUUCUGCCAACCGUGGGCCUUGGCAUACUUCAAAAGAUGUCUUAAGCGCCGUCGGAGAAAGGGAGCUGGAGUGGCUCCAAAAAUUUGGCUGUGAGAGAUAUCCUCGAGAAGCUCUUUACCGGGAGUUUUACGGCCAUCAAAGGGUUGACCCCCAAGUACAUAUUGGCUAUUUAUUAGACUACCUGAAACUCGCCCCCCAUGUUGUUCCCAGGAAAUAUUUUUGUUUCCGAUUCGGCGAGCUCACCGGUAUCAUCGACUGGGAGCAUGCGACAAUCCUUCCCCUGUUUUUACAAGCCAAGAUACCAAAACAUUUUCAGAAUGAUGGCGACGAUGAAUCGGAAAAUUUUCGACCCCCUAAGUUGCGUUCGAAUUUUGACAUGUUGUCGGACGGUGAAAGAGAAUAUGAACUGGAAAUUUACCGUCGACGACAAGUGCACUACUUCUACGUUGGUUUCACAGAUCGACAUAACAAACCUCAUUUCAAUGCAAUGAGAAAACAUAACAUUGUCAUGAGAAACAGACUCUAUGAUACUGCUUGUCGACCCUGGGAAGGAGAUAAUGCUUCUCUCCAAGCAGAACUGAUCUCCACGCUAGAACAAUGGGAAGAGUUAGCACCAGAAGUUGUUGCGCCUGUGCAGUAUUCCAUGGAAGAGACUAAAAACUGUCUUGCGAGGCAUGCCAAGCAAAAGGAGGCAGACUUACAGAUGGAACAGAUUCGCGCCUUCAUAGGAGUAAAUAUCGAAGGAUGGGUACCAAAUGGUACCUUUGAAGAGGCGAAAGCCAAGGCUGAAUACAUCAAAAACGAGAUGCUGAAUGAGGUUGAGACUGAAUAUGAGAGAAGAGAGCUGUUAGAGCACUGGCCUUUUCAAGACCACGAGGAGAUUGACUAA